AAGUGGCCAGGCUCCUCAUAAACCGGCUCUGGUUUUUGCUACUUCAUCUCACGUGUUCUGCUGGAAAGACGCAAAUCUAGUCUAAAGUAAAGGUUGUUGCAGUUUUUCUUGGGGGAUAAAAGGGAUGAAUAAAGAAGAAAACCAAGAAACUCCUUCGUGUAACGUGAAGCACAGUGACGGCCAGAUGAAGAAGAGACAGGACUACCUAGAGUGGCCUGAAUAUUUUAUGGCUGUUGCCUUCCUGUCUGCUCAAAGAAGCAAGGAUCCGAGCUCUCAGGUUGGUGCCUGUAUUGUGAACCAAGAGAAUAAGAUUGUGGGUAUCGGCUACAAUGGAAUGCCCAAUGGCUGUGAUGAUGACCUCCUGCCCUGGUCUCGCUCUGCUGAUGACAAACUAGACACCAAAUACCCAUACGUGUGCCAUGCAGAGUUGAACGCCAUCAUGAAUAAGAAUUCUGCAGAUGUGAAAGGCUGCUCCAUGUACGUGGCUCUCUUCCCCUGUAAUGAGUGUGCAAAGCUAAUCAUCCAGGCAGGUAUAAAGGAGGUCAUUUACCUGUCAGAUAAAUAUCACGACACUCCAGAGAUGACCGCCUCCAGAAGACUGCUGAAGCUGGCAGGAGUCCAAUAUAGGCAGUUUACGCCAAAACGAGGCCAGAUCAUUAUUGACUUUAACUCCAUCAAUCACUCUGGAAUGGACAGUGUGACUAUGACUGAGAAGGUGCACUCCCAGUAACAGCCAGCCUUUACUGAACAACUGAACUAUCGAACAUUACUAAAAUACCAAACAUUACUAAAAUACUAACCGUUACUGAAAUAAAUGCCACAAUAAUGAAAAUUUGUGAAAUAGUUCUUCGUUGCUUUGACUGUGUUAUUAGUGUUAGUAUUUUUCUGUGUGUUAUGUAUAUGUUGUCACUGUCCAAGGAAAAACAAUUAUCUCCAAAAUAGUAACUUUACAGGGGAGGGCAAAAACAUUAUCUACCUUCAACACAAGUUAAGGCUAAUAACUUUCAUUCACAGCAAUUUUGGAGCCCAUCUAGUGGUCAUCAUGACAUUUUCAUAUAAAGUAAAGGCUAGCUGCUGAACUUAAAUUAUGCAGGAAACUAAAAAGUGCAAGAAAUGGGAAUACUUUUAAUACUUUUUUUUUUUUUUUUAGUUUGAUGACUUUGUAGUUUGAUGUUCACUACAUGUACAGAAACCUCUAAGAGCUUUUUUCUUUUUAGAAGUACUGAUCUAGGUCAAUCAAAACGUUGGUACUUUAUUUAGUGUCUCGGGAAUAAGUUUAAGGGUUGUUAUGUUAAACUUUUAUGAAACCUUGAAGAAUCAAAGGGAUUGUUGUGUUUUUAAAUACUGUACCUGAAAGGCUGAUUGAAAUUAAAUUUAGUUGAAUGCUGUUA